AUGACAAGCAAUCUGAAAACACCCUUGGAUCUCGAACUCAAUUUGUUUGAAAAUUCCUUUGCAUCUAAGGAUCUCCUUCAUGCACAUACGGGGAAGAAUGAUGAGAAGCUUAACUCAUCAGUGCCAGAGGUGUCUGCAAAGUCUACGGCUACAACUAUGGUGUCUCCAAACUCACUGCUGAUAGAUAGAAAUUCCGCUCUGGGGACGUCGUCGGAAGUUCUAGAGAUCAGGCCUCAACAUUCUGUGGCUCCCAUGGAUGCUGAAUCUACCGAAACCAAUGGAAACGCCACCCUGAAUCCACAAGAUCAGCAGCCAGGGACAGGAGCGGGUAGCAACAAACAUAAUCUUCGACUUCUGAAUUUCGGCAGCGUAAACAAUGAGCGUUUACCUGUUCUCACGCCCCCUGUAUUCACUCCUGGCGGCCGCAGGCUCCCACCUAUUCAUCUACUGCCCGGGCUUGGGAUGGCCAGUCCCGGGACGCCCGGAUCAAACUUAUGGAGCAGUUUGUUGACCGCCACUAAUGGUGUGGGCACAGGGAACACGAGUGAGCAGCAUACGGGUCAGUACGCGCAACCAACCUACCCUAUGUACAUGCGUAAAUCUGGCACUAUAACUACCGAGUCCAACCUCCGAACUGGAUUGACACCCGGUGGUAUGAACCACGCUGGGUUCAACUUCAAUCUUCCAGACGCUAUGGGCAACGGCCAAAUGACUCCAGGCUUGCAAACACUUUUGGGGCUUGUGAACAAUCCGCACGUCGACCAAAACGGGCACUCUGUGCCCCAUGUGCCAGCUGCUAGCAGUAACAACGGCUCCGUUCCGACGAACACGGCUGCAACUUUUCCGAAUCAAUCUUCUUCUACGAAUACAGAGACACACCCAACUAUUCCAGAAGAGAAAUCGACUGAAAAGGAUGAGGUAGCGGCUUCGAAAAGUGACGCUCCCCUGAAAUCAAAGAAACGAUCUCUCAAAAACGAUGCUCAAAAAACUGAGGCUAAGGCCCAAAAGACUUCAAAGACAACUCCAGCAACAAAGGUAAAAACAGAGGCCAGAAAAGAGACCAAGGAAGCGAAAACUGAAGACGACGAGCUUGACGAAGAUGAGAAAAGAAAACUCUUUUUAGAAAGAAAUAGGGUUGCUGCCUUGAAAUGCAGGCAAAGAAAGAAACAGCAGCUCAACAAAAUGGAGAGCGAGUUAGCCUUCUACUCUGAUGGGUAUCGAGACUUGACUGCACAAGUGGCUCAGCUCCGAGGCCAUAUCCUGAUGUUAAAGGGUAUCUUAAUCAACCACAAAGAUUGUCCUGCGCUCCUGAAUUCCCUUGGGGGAUACCAGCAACUUCAGAAUAUUAUCUCCCAAUCAGAGUUUCUUGCCCACGGCGGCAAGAAUCCAGAUCCAACUUAUUCGGCGCUACCAACAACUGUUCCUCCUAUCAUGAACAAUCCACCUCCUCCUUCGAAACCGGUUGAGCUGAUGGUCAUGAGCGGUCUGGAACAUUUGAAUCCUGGUGUUCACAACAUAAAUGGUUUGAACAACAGCAACAUGAACACCAACAACUUGAGUGUUGAUGGUUUAAAUGCUAGUGGUUUGAAUGCCGGUGGUUUAAACACUGGUGGUGUAAAUACUGGUGGCGUGGUCAAUGAUCUUCAUGUUCAUGACAGUCAUGACUUGACUCACGGGGCCAAUGUACCCAACCACCAGCACAGAGACCAAAUACCAUAUGAUACUGGUUUGGUGAUGAACAGGCAGUUCUCGCAGGCAAACGGUCAUCAUACAGGGCUAGGCGUGCAGCCGAAUGAUAAGGGCAAUCUUCGGCCUGUAAACAGUACUUCGAAUCUUCAGCAUGUCAAGCAGGAGACGCAAAUCUCAGGAUAUGAUCUACGUCCCAUUGCUAGCAUGGCGGAUCUACAGCACCACAAUCCUAAUUCUGAGCGCAAGCAAAUCUGCCGCGGAAUUAUUUUUCCCAGCAGUGCUCUAGAUCACAUUCAAGAUAUUGAAUACAUCUCCAGAAGAAGUAAAAUUCUGAUCCUGGGAAUGCGCAAGACGCCUAGAACACUUCCAUUUCCUGUCUAA